AUGGCUGAUAUUGAUGAAUGUAAACCACCCAUUAGUAUAUAUUGUGGAGCAAAUGCUGCAUGUCAGAAUGUUGAUGGAGGUUUCCACUGUCGCUGUAAUCCUGGAUACCAACUCCUCUCUGGGGGUACUCAAUUCCAGAUUUCCAGUGAAAACACUUGUCAAAAAACCACUUCCUCAGCAACAACCAAAGGCAUGAAGGAUGUGAGCAUAAGCCCAGUCCUUGAACCCAGCCAGCUGCAACAUGUUGCUGAGAUAUUCGAGUCACUUCUCGCUAAUAACACUCUACCGGGAACGGGAGAGAAGAGCAAAGUCGCAUCUUGGGCCACAAAUGUUCUCCAGACCGUGGAAUCAAAUGCUCUAGAAACUGCCUUGAAAUCCCCGGAGCAAAAAAUCCAGAAAAUCCACAACAGUACUGUGGCUAUUGAAACUCGAGUUGUUACAGACAAUUGCUCUGAAGAAGGAAAGAUCUUCAGCUUGAACGCCCACAUGAACUCAGUGGACAUCCACUGCAAUGACAUUGUGCAGGAAAACAUACAAGGUCCCACGGCAAUUGCCUUUAUUUCUUAUUCUUCUCUUGGAACCCUCAUAAACGCAACAUUUUUUGAAGAGGCAAAUGAGAAAGACCGAGUUUACCUGAACUCCCAGGUAGUGAGUGCUGCUAUUGGACCCCAAAGGAACAUAUCUCUCUCCAAGUCUGUGAUUCUGAGUUUUCAGCAUGUGAAGAGGAAGCGCAAUAAAGGAAAGGCCUUCUGCGUGUACUGGAAGAGCACAGGGGGCCACGGCCAGUGGUCCAGGGACGGCUGUUUCCUGAUCCAAGUGAACAAAAGUCACACCAUAUGCAACUCCACCCACCUGUCCAGUUUUGCUGUCCUCAUGGCCUUAACCAGCCAGGAGGAGGAUUCCAUGCUGGUUGUGAUCACCUGUGUGGGGCUGAGCAUCUCUCUGCUGUGCCUCCUCCUGGCAGCCCUCACCUUCCUGCUGUGCAAAGCCAUCCAGAACACCAGCACCUCGAUCCACCUGCAGCUCUCAAUCUGCCUCUUCCUGGCCCAGUUGCUCUUCCUCACGGCCAUCAACCGGACCGAGAUCAAGGUGCUGUGUGCCAUCAUUGCGGGUGCCCUACACUAUCUCUACCUGGCGUCCUUCACCUGGAUGCUGCUGGAGGGUCUGAAUCUCUUCCUCACUGCACGCAACCUGACAGUGGUCAACUACUCCAGUGUGAGCAAGCUCAUGAAGAAGCUCAUGUUCCCCGUGGGCUAUGGAGUCCCAGCUAUAAUUGUGGCCAUUUCUGCUGUGAUCAAGUCUGACCUUUAUGGAACACCUGAUCGCUGCUGGCUCAACCUGGACCAGGGAUUCAUCUGGAGUUUCCUUGGCCCCGUCUGUGCCAUCAUCUUUGUGAAUUUAGUUCUUUUUCUCCUGGUCCUUUGGAUUUUGAAAAGGAAACUUUCCUCUCUCAACAGUGAAGUGUCAACCAUCCAGAAUAUAAGGAUGCUGACAUUCAAAAUGACAUCUCAGCUCUUCAUCCUGGGCUGCACAUGGUUCCUGGGCAUCCUGCAGGUGGGUCCAGCUGCCCAUGUCAUGGCUUACCUCUUCACCAUCAUCAACAGCUUGCAGGGCUUCUUCAUCUUCUUGGUGUAUUGCCUCCUCAGCCAGCAGGUCCGAAACUGGUUUGGAGAGAUCACGAAAUCUAAAUCUGAGUCUGAGACUUUUACGCUUUCCACCAAGUUUGGCGCUGACUCAAAACCCAGUGAAAGCAAAUGAAGAGAAAAUAUUCAAACUAGAACAUUCAACUCCACGUGGAAAGUCACACCCAUGGAUCUGGUUGGCAUGGUGAACAACAAAGCUGAGGACAAGGGAAAUCAUUAUAGAUGUCAUCCUUGGAGAAGAAAGGUUUAGCCUUUACUCCCUGAAAUGUUUGUUCUGCAUAUUGGGCUCUCAAUAAAUGUGUGUUUCAUUGGAUUUCUCUUCAC